GCUCGUCGUUCAGUUAAAUAUGCCAGCUCUUACACUUUUUACUCGUAUCGGUUCAAGUGCUAAACCAUCAACUACAAUAGCUGCUAUAGCUACACAAUUGCGAUAUGCAUCCUCCUCUUCCUCUUCAGCAAGCGAAUAUAUACCAGGACGUAAAGGUUAUGCACCGGGGUUUGCACCGCCUGAGGGUUCCCGCAAAGAUAUCAAGCCUACCAAAAAACGUCGCGAUUUAGGCACAUCACUUCCAUCGCAUUUAGAAAACGCAAAGAAAAACGUAGAACAACAAACCACAAGCACUACCAGCCCCAAAAAACUCUAUCGUCAAGCUCUUACGGAAGCCCGUCAUAAGCAUGCUCACGAACUUUUAGCUUUACACGGUCAACGGGAACUUAUUAAACGAGAAAAGAUCGCUUCCAAUCGAGAUAAAGAACAUGAAAUUCAAAACAGGCGCCUUGCUGAAAAAGAACAACAAAAGAAACAUGAAGCUGAAGUAGUUGAAAUGCUUCACUUAGAUACAUUAUCGCAAAAAGCACAUGAUAACAGACAAAUUCAGAAGGAGAAUAACAGAAAGGAAUGGGAGGCGGAAAAGAGCCAGGAAAGAUGUAAACGGAUUCUAGCACUGUAUAAGCAUUCCAAUACUUUUGUAACGUUAGAAAACUUGGAUGAAGUCGUCGAUAAUGUCUUGAAGCAAGAUGGUAUGUCAGUGCAUUCUAGUUACGAGGAACUGAUGAGUAAUACUGUCAUGGGACAGUCAGAAAUUGAAGAAAGGAAAAGAUUAUUGAAAGAAGCUAUGGGAUUAGAGGCUUAAGCGAGAAGCGAGGAAGACUUGCCGACAAUGUAUAGCUUUACCACCUUCCUUCAACGUAAACUAAACAUACUACUACCUUAUAUAUGCAACCCUUGAAUCUUUCGUGAUAGAACACAACCAAGCGUAAACUUGCUUUUUGAGAUUAAUACUUCUGCUUGUAUCAAUAAAAACUGUUGACCGUCAUUUAGAGUAAAAGAGAUGGGAGAAAACAGAUUUUCGCCAAUAGCAAUGAAACAGCUUCUUGUCUUUCCGCCCGCCUUAACA